AUGACCUCGUCUAUCGCCCCUCCCAUCCGCCAUCGUCCUCACACCCGACUCUCUCUUCAACCACCUGCCGGGCUACCCUCUCCCAUACCUUCGCCCACACAAGCCAAGGGAGAUUCAUGUUUCGUUCCAAGUCUCGAGACUGUCUCUCCCACGAGCGCCAUGUCUGCUCACAAACACAUCAUCGAUCUUGGGGAUGAUGCCGACUGUGACGCACCGGAAAACAACACACUCAUGUCAUGCCUCACCAACAUGUCACUUUCAUCCUUACCCAUGCCGCCUGCCUUGGGGAAUGAUGAAGAUGACGACGAUGCGGAGCAACGUCGGAUAUACCUUGGUCCCAAAUUGAGUGACCGGGCCACGGGUGGACCCGAUGCAGGUCCCUUGAUUGAACGUUUCAGCUGUUUGUUCAGAGAUCAAUAUGAUUGUAAGGCGAAUCCGACUGGUAUCGUCUCCCUCGGAGUAGCCGAGAAUUUCCUCAUGGAGAAAGAAUGUCUCCAGAUCUUCAAGUUGGGAUUGUUGAACAACUUUCUGUCUUCUGACUUGUCUUAUGGCGACUCCUUGUGGGGUAGUAGACGUAUCAACAAAGCUCUCAGUUCUUUCUACAAUGAAUGGUUUGACCCCGCGGAAGAGGUCAUGCCCGAACACCUCAUCACUGGCGUUGGAUGCUCUGCUGUCCUCGACCAACUAUUCUACACUCUCAUGGACGAGGGCGAGGCUAUCCUACUAGCUGCGCCGUACUACACAGGGUUUGACCGUGAUUUGAUUGGUCGAGGUCGAGUCCAGCUCAUCCCCGUAUAUGUCCCAGAGGGUGAUGGAGGCUUCUCGCCUUCUUCUCUCGACGCAUUCGAAGUCGCCCUCGCUCAAUGUGAAAAGAAGGGUGUCAUAGUUCGCGCCGUUAUCGUAUGCAACCCUCAAAACCCACUUGGAAGGACAUAUUCCCGGGAAACGCUUCUGGCAUACGCCAAAUUCUGUGAAGAGAAGGAUCUCCACUUGGUCUCUGACGAAAUUUACGCUCUGAGCGUGUACGAUAAUCCUCAUUUCCCUCAUGCUGUACCAUUUACCAGUAUGUUGAGUCUGGAUGUGGCCAAUGAGUUGGGGUGUGAGUUUGAUAGAGCUAGAUUGCAUGUCGUACAUGGUAUGAGCAAAGACUUUUGCGCAAAUGGUCUCAGAGUUGGAGCUUUGAUCUCACAGAAUAAUCCAUUAUUGUUGAGGGCAAUGGCCAAUACAUCGAUGCUGAUGAAAAUCUCAUCCCCAGCGGACGUCAUCUAUUCUUCCCUCUUGACGGAUAAAGAACAACUUCAUCAGUUUAUCGAGCUCAAUCGAGCUAAAUUAGGCGAGGCACAUGCAUAUAUAAGGAAUUGGUUUGAGGAGAGGGGAGUGAAAGUGGCCGAUUCGAAUGCUGGUCAUUUCGUAUGGGUCGACUUGGGUGGUAAACUAAAGUUUCGUGAUACGCCAAGGGAAAAACGAGUCUUUCAAAGUCUAUUAGAUGGAGGGGUAUACAUUGCCCCGGGUACAGCAUAUCACAACAAGACACCAGGAUGGUAUAGAGUUACAUUUAGUGUAUCUAGGGAUAAUCUUCAAGUCGGUUUAGCAAAAAUGGAACGUAUUUUAGGUUUGUAUCCACACCCCAAGUGA